AGCCACCCCGCAUUGUCACUGAUCCCUCGAUCUGAGCCGGAUCGUAGUGCAACUAACUUAACUUCAACGCCUUUCACCGGAAACCAGUCCUCAAUGUCGCUCGUGACAAAUGCUGCAAGCCGCGUCGAAAGAGAUUCAGAGGACCUCGAUCUCUCCUGCCUGAAACUUACAUGCCCCAUUAAUGUCGACGAGAUUGCAACUCGAUGGCUUAACCGUUGGUUGACCGCUCCGGGGCAGGUUGUCAAGGAGUACCAUCGAAAAAUAUCAGCAUUUACCUAUCGGAUCCUCGGAUCAUAUGCGAGUCGUGCCGUCCGCGGGCACGGUCUCCCACCAUUCAUCCAUCCUUCACAGAUGAUGGCGUCAUCAUCAUGUCCGCCACUUGCGGCCUGCAUGAGCGUCGUCCGCAUGUGCGAGAAGCCGCUUCCCGGCAGCGAGGAUGCAACCGUCGAAGUUCUGCAGCAAGAAAUAAACAAGGUCUAAAAGCGAAAAGCCACAUAUGACGACGCGGACCUACA